UUCCCUCGGUUGUGUCUGUUGAGCAUGCUUCUAGUCAUUGGUCUGGACAGAAUGCUCCUGCUGUGUACUGUGAUCUUUGGCUUCUGGAGGGACACCCAUGCUGUGUCCCCCGUGCCCUCCAUUCCAAACCGUGUCCCUGCCUUGGUAGGCUCUUGCGUGGUCAUCCCCUGCUCCUUCACUCUUUCAGCCUCUCCUUCCGCCCUGGGCAGGCAGGGGAGAGUGGUGGGCGUGAGGUUGCGCUACAAGACUAGUCACAUCUCCAUCCUGCAGAGUACAGCUUUCAGUACGGACGACAAAUCCACAGUCAACAGGGAGUUCCUGGGCCGGACAUCCCUACGGGGAAACACGGACGAUGGAGACUGCUCUGUAAUGAUUGACAGGGUCCACCUGGCUGACUCCAAUGUUUAUGAGCUGGCGUUGAAGGGCCAUGGACAGAAUGACUGGGGGAAUGCGAGGAGGGUCAACAUCGUUGUGUCAGAGUCCCCAGAGCUCCCAGUGAUCAGCGGUGUGGGGGCAGCAACAGAAGGACAGAUGGUGUCACUAAACUGCAGCAUCAGUUACUCCUGUCCCUCCCAGGCCCCCACCCUCCAGUGGCGGUGGGAGAGAGGAGCUCAGGAGAAAAGCAGCGAGUACGGGGAGCUGCAGGUACUCCAGCCCCAGGGCCAGGGGCCUACACUACGGACCUCUCUCACCUUUAUCGCAUCGUAUCGCAUCAAAUCCAGAAUGAGGUGUGAGGCAGUAUAUCCAGGAGGAAGAAGAGUAUACACCGUAAAGGAGCUCCAUGUGACAUGUAAUCCCUCCAAAGAUAUCACAGUCCAGGCCCAUACCUUGACUGUCCAGGAGGGGUUGAAUGUGUUACUGGCCUGCUCCUGUAAAGCUGACCCGCCUGUGACAGAGUACAGGUGGUCAUACACCCAACAUGGGCUAACUGUAGACCUUCACCAUCGCACACACACAGUCCGGGUGUACAAUGUGACCCGAGACAUGAGGGUCCGCUGCACAGCCCAGAACCUAAUUGGACGGGCAGAGUCCAAAUCGACUUCCUUAAACAUUCAAUACAAGCCUGUCAUCCUCCAACUCUCCUCCUACUGUGUUGUGAAGGGGUUGGAGGUUCUGUGUCGCUGUUCUGUGGACUCCAACCCCCGGCCAGGCGUAACCUGGAGUGUCAACGGUAGUGUUCCACCAUACAGUUACAACACAUCAGUAGGCUCAGAGAACGGUACACUAACAGCCAUGCUGAGGGGCCACAUGGACACUCCACUGAGGAUAGUCUGCUUCGCCAUUAAUGCACUGGGCAACGACUCCCACACACUGCUUCAGGCAGAGGACGGUUCUCUGAUGUGGAAAGUGAUACCUGCAGUAUGCAUCUCUUUGGCCACCUUCCUCCUCUCUCUACUUCUCCUGUUCUGCUGUCGAAAGAGUUCAGGAAAACGUGUGCUGACCUGCAGACCUCCGGUGUAUCCUGGGGACAUGGGUAUCUACCAGGAUCAGAUGCCCCUCUACAUCAACUGCACUGAGGUCAACAACAUCUACACCAAUGGCAGUUACCAGCUGGUUUACCAGAACUGCACCCCUCUUUUCGUCCGGACCAAACAGACACAUCCUAUGGGGAGGCGAGGUGGGGAGAGACGAGGUGGAGAGAGGAGAGGGGGAGAGAGAAGAGGAGGUGAGAGACGAGGAGGGGAGAGAAGAGGGGGAGAGAGUCAAGGGGGCACAGUGGACAGAGGAACAAGAGACAGACAAAGCCCCGCCUACAAUGACAAUAACACUGAAACAGCUAUCUACUUGGAGAUCAUCUGAGUUCAUCUCUCAGUGUGGUACGUCAUGGAUAGCUCUGGUCCAGAUCAUUAGUACUAAUGGCUUGGAUCAGCGUUAUGUCAUGGAGUGGAAGAGAGCUCUUACAGUGUAUAACAAGACAAGCAUGAACAUACUGCUUGACUGAUAAUGGCACAAUGAUAUGGUAUCCACUUGAUAUAAUUUUGCAUGAUUAUACAUACAGUACCAAGUAGUUAUGUGGCACAUUUAGAUUAUCCUUCUCUCCUUUUUAAUGAUAUAUAUAUAUAUAUAUAUAUAACUUUUGUGUGAAUAAUUGUAGACUUAAUAUCCCUAGCUACUUCAUCAGUGCAUAUACUUGAAGAUAAUGGUCCACACACAUUAUUAACCUAUUUCAUGCAUUUAGCAUCAUUACACAUAUGUCUGUAUAAUGAUAUUCUAGAUAGGAUGAACAGGAUUGUAUGAUGUAAUGAUGAUAAAGGUGUUGGACACACCUCUCUUAUAAAACAAUCACUUUUGUAUAUGUUUUAUAUAAAUGUGCCUCUCUUCACCUCCCAGCCUGACCCUGUACUCAAGAGGAUUGAUCGUUACUAAAGCAAAAAAAGCAAUUUGUCACUACACUAAAAAGCUAUUUCAUAUGCUGCCAUAUGUAUGUUCUGGUUCUAUAUUCAUGUGACAAAAUAAAGCUUUUUUCUGUGCUUUUAA